AUGGCUCUUGAUUCUAAUUCAGUUCUUGAAUCUAUUGAUAAUAGUAGAUCUCAUAUUCUGAAUUUAGAAUCACAGCCUGUAAUUUCUAAUGAUCCUAUUUCUGGAGUUCUUGAAAAUUUGAAUGCGGAUGUUAGUACUCCUAAACCUGUGGAUGCUAAGCCUGCAAACCAAGAACCUACCAAAAGUUGGGCAAGCCUCUUUACAGACAAUAGGAAAAUAGGUUCUGGUAUGAAUUUGAGUUUUGUGGCUCCUGAAUCAAAUGAUGUUGUGACCUUUGAUGAAGAUGAGUGGAAUGAAGGGAAUUCUUUAUGGAAAUUUUCCUUAAUUGGCCAAGUAUUAGGCUUAAAUGUCAAAUUUAAAGCCAUGGAAAAUUUUAUUCAUAAAGCAUGGGCUAAAUGGAAUGCUCCAGAUAUUUGUAUUCUCAAGUCAGGGAUUUUCCUGUUCAGUUUCAAGAAUGAGGUAGAUAUGAAUGAUAUUCUGGUUAAUGGACCAUGGUUCUUUGGUUCUAGGCCCCUCUUACUAAAAACAUGGACAAAUGAAGAAGAUAUUGAAAAAAUAAAUGACAGUGUCUACCCUAUCAAAAUAGCCAGUCUCAUUGGUAAGCCUAUAGCUACUGAUAUGCUCACGGCUCAAAGAAAGAGGCUGGCAUAUGCAAGAGUACUUGUUGAAGUCCACAUGCCGUCUCCAUUGCCAGACCAAAUUUCCAUUCAUGGGCUUAAUGGCAAGAUGAUUAAGCAAAAAGUGAUUUAUGAGUUGAAGCCAAAAUGGUGUAAUAGUUGUAGGCUAAUUGGACAUGAAACAAUGUUUUGUAGAAGAUUUCCUAUGACUCAAAGAUGGAUGCCAAAAAAAGACCUCACUGGAAACCAGUCUGGGCUGGAUGGUGUUUUAGGGAGCAAGAAUAUAAAUGGAGGAAAUACUGUUCAGAAUGAGGUUAAUGGACAGGAUAAUACACCACAGAGGAAUUCAGAAGAGCACAAGACUAUGCAAUCUGCUGCUGGGAAGGUGAAUGGCCUAUAUUCUGGAGCUGCUGGAAAUUCUAAGCCUGAACAAACUAAAAUAACUGGAACCUGGUCUUCUGGAAAUAGUGUGCAUGUUGUACAUGACCUGUAUUCUGGAGUUGCUGGGGUUUCCAGUCAAAAGGGCCUUUCACUAGCUGAUAUUUCCUGGCCACAAGUUCAGAAUUACAGCAAUAGAGAGUUAUUCCUUCAGGGAACUUAUUUUCUCAUCUUGCAAAUCUGGAUCCUGAUCCCUCUACUUCUGAAGGAGGGGGGAGAACUAAGCUAUGAAUUGGACCUUUUGGAAUCUCUCUUGGAAACAAAACUGGAAGCUGUCAAGAUUCCAGCUGCUGCUAGGAAGAUUGCUGGUACAUGGAAUUGGUUCUCUAAUGCAAACAGCUCUGCAAGAGCUAGGAUUCUGCUAUUAUGGGACUCAAAUAUUCUGGAUGUGCAAAUAGAAAAUUUUAUAGAUCAACAUAUUACAUGCAAGGUUAAGUCAAUUGAUGGAAGAGUUGACUGCAUGAUUUCAUCUGUCUAUGGGCAUAAUAACUUGAUGAAUAGAAAAGAUCUAUGGUCUAGCCUCAAUCAAAUCCAUCUGAAUAUUGGGAAUAAACCAUGGCUAUUGUGUGGGGACUUUAAUGCCAUCACAAGUGAUGAAGAAAAGCUUGGGGGAGCUGCUCUUGCUGAAACAGACACAAUGGACUUUAGGGAUUUCAUUGAAGAUUGUCAACUAACACAUCUUAAAACUGAAGGCUGUUAUUAUACAUGGAAUAACAAACAAGACUCUACCUCAAGAGUGUGGAGUAGGCUGGACAGAGCUUUAAUCAAUGACUGCUGGCUGAACAUGCACAAUUCAAGUCAUAUUGAAUACCUUCUACCUAGUUUCUCUGACCACUCCCCUGGUUUGGUAGCCAUAUAUGAUGAAUGUAUUCAGGGAAAGAAAUCUUUCAAAUUCUUCAAGAUGUGGACAAAGCAUGAAAAUUAUUUGCCUACUAUAACUUCAGUCUGGAACACUAAAGUGACAGGUUAUGCCAUGUUUUCAGUUUAUUCAAAGCUCAAGCUUCUUAAAAUUGCACUAAAGGAACUGAACAAAAGGCAUUUCAAAAACAUCAGUGAACAAGUGAUAAGAUCAAAACAAGCUCUUCAAGAUGCACAGAAAAACCUGCAAGUGGAUCCUCUUAAUCAGUCCUUCAUUGAUCAAGAAAGGAAAUGCACAGUCUCUUAUAAUAAAUUACUGGAUUGUGAGCUCUCUUUCUAUCAACAGAAAUCAAGAAUUUUAUGGAGCCUUCAAGUCAGUAGAGAGGAAAUUAGAGAUGCUGUUUUCUCUAUGUCAGAAAAUAAAGCCCCAGGUCCUGAUGGUUUCAGCAUGUCUUUUUUUAAAACUGCAUGGGGAAUUAUUGGGGAUGAAGUCUCUGUUGCCAUUGAGGAUUUUUUCAAGAAUGGUAAGUUGUUGGGUGAGAUUAACUCCACGUCCAUUAACCUAAUCCCUAAAGUUCAGUGUCCUAAGAUGCCAUCAGACUUUAGACCUAUAGCAUGUUGCAAUUGUCUAUACAAAUUCAUUUCAAAAAUCCUAACAAAUAGGAUUAAAUCAGUGAUGGGAUCACUAGUUAAUGAAGCACAAAGUGCUUUUGUUAAAGGGAGGCAAAUAACUAGUAAUGUUCUCCUUGCACAUGAGCUUGUCAAAAAUUACAGCAGGAAACACAUAUCUCCAAGAGUUAUGCUUAAUAUGGAUAUCAAGAAAGCUUUUGACACAAUCAACUGGGAUUUCCUCAAGGAGAUGUUAUGUGGAUUGGGGUUUCCUGAGACUAUGAUAGGCUGGAUUAUGGCCUGUAUCACCUCUCCCAAAUACUCUAUUGCAUUAAAUGGAUCUCUACAUGGCUACUUCAAAGGCAAAAGAGGACUGAGGCAGGGAGACCCCCUCUCACCUUAUCUCUUUAUCCUUGGUAUGGAAUACCUUUCAAGAAGCUUGAAUAUGCUAAAAGAUGACAAGAAAUUCAAAUUCCACCCAAGGUGUGGCAAAUUCAGUAUCACCCACUUAAUUUUUGCAGAUGACCUCCUCCUAUUUGCAAGAGGUGACAUGUACUCUGUAAAUAAACUGCAGCAAUGCUUCAGGGAGUUCAGUGCAGUGUCAGGUCUUGAAGCAAACUCAAAUAAAUGUUCAAUAUUUUUUGGAGGGGUUGAUGUCUCAACCAAGACAGCAAUUAUUAACAGUCUGGGAUAUCCAGAAGGAGCUAUGCCCAUUAGGUAUCUAGGUGUACCUCUCAUCUCCAAAAGAUUAUCAUGCUUGGAUUGUGCACCUUUGCUAAACAAAAUCAGAGAUCAGUUUCAGUCCUGUGCAAACUACAGACAUUUAUCAUAUGCUGGAAGACUUCAGCUAAUCAAAAGCACAAUUCUAGGAAUUCAAGUGUUUUGGACAUCCAACUACAUCUUACCUGCUGGAGUUCUUCAGAGAAUUGAUAUUCUUUGUAGGAACUUUCUGUGGGGGAAACAGGAUCACCAGGUCAAAGCUAAUUCCUUGGUUGCAUGGGACAAAGUGAGUUUGGGGAAAAAAUUUGGAGGCCUGGGAAUAUACUCUGCCUCCAUGUGGAAUUAUGUUUCAGGUCUGAAGAUUUUGUGGAAUAUACAUAUCAGGAAAGAAAGCCUCUAG